AAACGCGUAAAGCACAAGACGCCUUUUUAUUCUUCCAUUUUUUCUUGAGCUUUUCCUCGAACUCGUUACCUGCGACUUAAAAACAACGCCACCAUGCCUCCGUUGCACCACGGCCACGACCCGCCAACACAACCACCGCCUCCGAAACCCAACACGGCUCUUCUAUCUAUCAUUUUUAUGGCGAUGAUUAUGACUCUUAUAACCUUCUUCUUCUUCUUCCUCCUCCUCCUUGGCGUCGCUUCUCUCGUCUCAAUUCUUCUCCUUUUUAUGUCGCUCCACUGCCAACACCACAGCGGCGCCGAUAUCUCAGAUGGGUUCUCCCCCAGAGGCCUCGAGAAGCUCCCCCAAUUCAGGUUUUCGAAACGAUCGGAGGUUGAAAGCGACGGCGAAUGCGUGGUUUGUUUGGAGGGGUUUAAACAAGACCAGUGGUGCCGGGCUCUCGUCAAGUGUGGGCAUGUCUUUCAUAAGAAUUGUGUGGACACGUGGCUCGUUAAAGUAGCUGCGUGUCCGACUUGUCGUACGAGGGUUUGCUAGAUUGUGUAAGUCUAAUGAAAAUUUUGAGUUUUUUUUUUUUUUUUAAUUAGUAUUAUUAUUACCAAUAUAUGGUACCUGAUUAGGCUUUGUGCAAUUUAUAGUUUAAACUUGUGUUCGCUGAAUUUCUAAUUUGAUUUUCACUUA